AUGGAUCAUUCGCUCAAUCGCAGUGGCAGAGGUGAUGCUAGCCUUUGGAAGACAGAAAUGGAGGAGGUGGCGGUGGUCGCAACAACUUCAUAUCACCAUCUCGAGAUCGAUGUUGGUGGUAGUUCACUGGGAUGGCAGCACAAGUCAUCAAAAGUGGUCGAAAGCAACAGAUACUCGUUUCAAACUCCAGAAGCAUGGACCAUCGGUGGGCACUUCCGGUCUCUUAUAUAUAUGAGGCCGCUUUCAAUAUGGGGAAUGCAAUUUGCAUUAUCGUCUACCAAGACUAUACUCGAGGCCCCUAAGGUCAAUGUAAUGGACAGGAUCGCUGUGUCCCCGCAAACUGUAAAUUCUUCUCAUAAUGGAACAGGCGUUAGGAAGAUCACGAGCAAAGCAAAGUGCUUUGACAACUCUGUAUUCCAUUGUUCGUGCUGA